UUAGGUUUCAAACUAUGGACCACACAAGGAUAUUUGUUCCCCUGCACAACCACACUGCUCCCAACUGGUUGACCAGCACCCAUUGGCAUGACCUAAGAUUUUACAAAAAUCAACAAUGCAGAUGUUAAUGAAAUAUUUCCUGACCGUACUAAUUUGACAAGUCCCUGUGUAAGCAGAUUGGAGAUGCAGACACCAAAGAGACCUUGUAAAACAGAUUUAAAACGACAGCUGAAUUUUAACAGAAUUGAUGGACCUACUGAUUGUGGGAGUGAUAAAAUGCAACAGGCACCAAAAAGUGAUGUAACAUUGAAACCUAAAACAACAGUCGUUACGGCAAUAGUUCACAAGCAACCAGUAAAUAAGGUUCCCAAUGAAUGUGUAAAACAAGCACUAAAAGCCUCUACUACUGUCUCAUCACGCUCCAGAAGUAAACAAACACACCCCAUUUCAUCUGUGGCUUCUAGAAAAUCUAUAGCUGUAGAAGACAUCAUAACCACCAUUGAUGAUGAUGAAAAGUCUCCAACAGCAGUACCCACACAUUGCAGAGCCAAGGGUUUUUCUAACAAUCCAAAAAAAUCUUUGAAUUCUCUACAAUUACCAGGUUUGGGACAGAAAACACAACACACAAACACAACUAAGAAAUCAUGUGUUAAAAGAAAACCUAGUGGUGAGAAUAAUGCUCAAAAUACAAAAAAAAGAACUAUAGUAAAAAAUUCUGGUAAUAUCUUAAAACCUGUUGUUCCACUGCAGGAUAUCACAAACACAGUAAAAAAGAACACAUGUUUCAGCGUAGGGGCUCCACGGAUAUGUAGUUCAAGGUGUGAGAGCUUAGAAGCAGUUAUCAUUCAAAAAGACAUUACCAUUAACAAUCUUAUAGAGACUAUCAACAGUAUUCUAAAGACCAGUAAUCUAUAUUUUCAACAGACACCCAUGACAAAUUGACUAGACAUGGUUGGCAGGGGAAUUCGAUGUAGUAGGGGGUGACGGUGGUCGCUAAGAAGACAGUAUAGAAAUAGAGCUGUCAGAAAAGCAAUAAAGAUAUUAGGGCAUGUUGACCGACUAAAACAUAGUAUGCUAUCCAGGGAGUUGGGUAACCAAGCACUAAAUAUGAGACAAAACUCAGAUAGGUAUCAUGUAUCUCAGGGCACAACUCCUGUAUCAGAAACACAAUUACCCCACCAAUCAGAAACUGUAGAUUGCCAAUCACCCCCUGAGCCAGAGCUUCAACAUAAUGCUGGACAGCAUCAAAGUGACCCACCUGUCAUUUUACAACACAUAGAUGGGUACCAAAGAAACAUUAAUCGUUUUGGCGCUGUUAUGUAUUAUGAGCAUUUCAGGUUUGUAAACCUAGAUAAGUUAAGAUCGUUUGAAUCAGCAGUUCAGGGCGUGCAUGAAGCUAUACAAACAGUUCUACAUAAUUUGCAAUCUGAAGUAAGACCUGGUGACCUAGUUCAGUUAAGAUUUGAAGGUGAUGGAUUUGACAGGCCUUUAUAUUCCUUAAGAAAGGGCAUGGAUGGUCAUUUAAACAAUGUUUCUGGUUUGUUGCAAAGCAAUGCCGAGUGUAUAGGUAGUGGUUGUUUAAGACUUGUGAUCAUAAUUCUUAGAAACAGGGCUGGUGGUAUUAUGAAACGUAGGAAGAUACGUUCAACUACAUAUAGUUCACUCAUAAACACAAAAAGACGUUGGUUAUUUAAUUUUAACAACUAUGACUCUAACUUGUGUUUAGCUGCUAGUCUCAAAGCUCUUUUAGAUGAAAAACGUAACAUUACUGAUUCAGAACUAAUAGUACAAGCCAGAGAGAUGCACAAAACAUUGUGCAUACCCGAUGAACAUCUUGUUAAUUUUAGUGACAUUCAGGCUUUUGAAAAGCUAUUGAAUGUCACUAUUAAAAUACUUUACCAUAAUCAGGGUUCUUGGCAGUAUUUUUAUACUGAUGGACCCUGUAAGGAUAAAGUGCUGUUUGUUUUGCAUCACAAUGAGCACUAUUACGGCAUAAAAAACAUCAAAGCUUUUAUAGGUCAUGAUUAUUUUUGUCAGUAUUGCCACUCUAUUUUUCACCACAAGAAUAAUCACUCUUGUAAAUAUUUUUGCAGAACAUGUCACAGACAGAAUUGUGUUGAGGUUAAAGAUGAAAUAUGUAGAUGCCUUAGUUGUCAUUUGGUUUGUCGCUCAGUUGAGUGUUUGGCUUUGCAUAAUGCUUUAGCACAAGAGGGUGAGGUAGAGUGUCAUACCAAAGUGUAUUGUGACAUGUGUUGUGCAUAUGUUAGGAAAGAUGGUCAUGACUGUACACCCCCAACAUGUAGCAUAUGCCAUGGUGAAAUUGACAUUUUUGACACACAUCUCUGUUACAUGACGCCAUACAAACCACCAAAAAAAGAGACAGAUUACAUUGUUUAUGAUUUUGAAUGUAUGCAGGAAACAGGUGUUCAUAUACCUAAUUACGUUUAUGCUAAAAAGUUAGAUGAUACAAAGUCAUGGGAGUUUCAGGGUUCUGAUUGUUUGAAGGAUUUUGUGAACCAUUUUGUUACAACGAAAUUCCAGUCUGUUACAUUUAUAGCACAUAACGGUGGUAGAUAUGAUUCCUAUUUAGUGGUUCAACAGCUAAUUAAAGAGAAAUUAGCAAUUAAGUUGUUGGCGCAAGGUGGUAAACUCUUGUGUGUCACAGUGCCUGACUUAAAAAUCCGUUUUAUAGAUUCUCUAAAUUUUCUACCAAUGAAACUCAGCAAACUGCCAAAAGCCCUAGGUUUUAAAGAAUCUAAAGGCCAUUUUCCUCAUUUUUUUAACACAGGCGAAAAUCAAAACUAUAUAGGGUCUAUGCCCUGUGUAGACCACUAUGGUGUUGAGUACAUGAUGCUCGAUGAGAAAGCUGAAUUUUUGAAGUGGUAUGAAGAGAAUAAGCAUGAGACAUUUGACUUUCAGACUGCUCUUAAAAUCUACUGUAAACAAGAUGUUGAGGUUUUAAGACUUGCAUGUGUGUGUUUUAGAGAAAGCGUAAUGGACAUGACUUGGACAGAAACAAUCAAAUUUAACAAAAAUGGGGAGUUGAUUGAAGACAUAAACUGUAUUGACCCGUUUCAACUCACCACAUUAGCAUUAGUGUGUAUGGCUAUGUACAGAUUCAAAUUCUUACCUAAUCACACUAUUGCAAUACUCCCUUGUGAUAAUUAUCACAAAACGCAAAAACGCUACUCUACACCAGCCAUUCAGUGGUUGAUGUAUGUUGCACAUAAGGAGGGUAUUGCAAUACAACAUGCUUUACGCGGUGGUGAGCGCAGGGUAGGUAAAUACUGCUUGGAUGGCUAUGCUGUAAUAAACAAUGUUCCUACAGCUUUUGAAUUUCAAGGUUGUUUUUACCAUGGCUGCCCUGUUUGUUACAAUGAAAAUGAUACAAAUGAGGUAACAGACUCCACAUACAGUCAGCUGUAUAAUAAAUACAUUGUUAAAAAGCUUUUUUUACAGUCGUGCGGAUUUGAGGUCAGAGUGCUGUGGGAACACGAGUGGUUGGCUAUGUUAGCCAAAGACAAAGAGCUGCAAGCUUUUAUUAUUAAAAACGAGUUCCCACAGCCCUUGGACCCCAGAGAUGCACUUUACGGUGGUCGCACAAAUGCGAUUAAACUGUACCACAAAACAGCACCUGGUGAAAGUAUCCACUACUAUGACUUUACAAGUUUGUACCCCUUUGUGAACAAGACAAAAGCUUACCCUGUAGGACACCCAAGAAUUAUUUAUGAGAAUUUCAGGAACAUGAAUUUUUAUUUUGGUUUGGCUAAAGUAAAAAUGCUUCCACCUAGAGGAUUAUUUUUUCCGGUCCUACCUUUAAAAUUAAAUGGUAAGCUCAUGUUCCCACUUUGCUUGACCUGUGCCACCAAUAACAGCGUGACACAGUGUGAUCAUAGUGAUGAACAACGCGCUCUGACUGGCACAUGGUGUACAAUUGAAAUACAAUUUGCUGUGGAAAAAGGAUAUAAAAUUUCUAAAAUCUAUGAGAUUUGGCAUUUUGAAAAUUAUAAAAAAAAUCUGUUUGAAAACUACAUUAAACUACAUCUCAGGGAUAAACAGGAAGCUUCUGGCUACCCUGCAUGGUGUACUGAUGAUGAAAAAAAGACACAGUACAUCCAAGAUUACAAAAAAAAGAGGAUGUAGAAUUAAGACCAAAUCAUAUCACAGUAAACUCUGCAAAAAGACACAUUUCUAAAUUGUUUCUAAAUUCCCUGUGGGGUAAGUUUGGUCAAAGAACUAAUUUACCAAACACAUGCAUUGUGACAGACCCUGAUGAGCUUUUCAGGUAUGCUUUUUUACCAUACUAUGAGGUGUCUUCUUUGGAUUUCAUAGAUGAUGAAACAGCAAUGCUUAGUUGGAAAUAUGCAAAAGAGAGGUACACAACCAGUAAAAAUGUUAACAUAUUUAUAGCUUGUUUUACUACAGCAUAUGCCAGACUUGAAUUGUACAGAGUACUGGACAGUCUGCAAGAGAGGUGCCUCUAUCAUGACACAGAUUCUGUAAUAUUUGUGAGCAAGGACGGUGACUGGAAUCCACCUCUGGGUGAUUAUCUAGGGGAGUUAACUAGUGAACUACCGACCGGAGAACACAUCACAGAGUUUGUUUCUGCAGGCCCCAAGACGUAUGGGUAUAAACUGAGCAAUGGAAAAACAAAUCUUAAAGUAAAGGGGAUAACCUUGAACAGUGCUAACACAGAUAUAAUCAAUUUUGAAAGCUUAAAAGACUUGGUGUUGGACUACCCUUUAAAUUGUAACAUAGACAAUCAAAAAAGACUUGUGGUAGAGCAACAGUGUAUUACCAGAAACAAACGCUACUGGCAGAUUGAGACACGUCCAUUAAGGAAAACACAAAAGUGUGUUUAUACAAAAAGAAAGUUAGCACACGAUUUUACGACACUACCAUUUGGUUACUAAUAUAACACUAACAAUGGACACGCGUUUGCAACACUCUUUUUCUUGUAUUUUAGCAGGUCCUUCAAAUUCAGACAAAAGCUAUUUUGUAAAACAAAUUUUACAACAUUCUGACACACUUCUGUCCCACAAACCUGAUAAUAUUGUGUGGUUUUAUGCAUGCUGGCAAAAAUUGUAUGAUGAAUUAUUAUAUACUUUUCCAUAUAUUAAAUUUAUAGAAGGUCUUCCAAA